AUGCCGCCCCUGAUGGGCAUGCUGGUGGCGGGGAUCAUCUUACGUAAUGUACCGAGUGAUCUGGUGCGGGGGCUGAAGUACAGCUGGGCCAAGGAGAUCAGAUAUGGCUGCCUCGCUGUCAUCUUCCUCAUGUCAGGCCUGGAGCAAGAUCUCGAGGUGUUCAAGAAGGUUGGUGGUGCAGCGGUGAGGCUGCUGCUCUUUCCUGGCAUUGUGGAAGCGCUAGUCUCUGGCGCUGUGGGCAUUGCUGUCUUCAAGAUGCCCGCUUUGCUGGCAUUCGCGAUGGGCUUCAUCCUGAAGCCGGUGGACCCAGCGAUUGCAAUAUCCAUCAUGUGCGGCUAUCAACGGGAGAAACGGGGGGUGGCUAAAGGUAUCCCCUCCCUGGUGGUGGCUGCAGCCAGCUUCGACGACCUUGUGGCGAUCACCCUCUACACCAUCUUUAUCUCCCUUGCCGUGACCAAAUCCGACGGCAACCUCGCAUGGAGCAUCGCCUCCGGUCCGCUCAACGUUGUCUUCGGCCUCGCGCUCGGCGGCGCAGGUGCACUGAUCUGCUCUGCCACUAUCAUUUGGAACAGCCAUGUCAAGCGUACACUGGCCGUCCUGCUCAUCACUCUUCUGCAGAUGUACUUCAUGGUGACGUUUGACUUCUCAGGGGCGGGCAUUCUGGCGGCAAUUGUGCUCGGGGUGACAACAUCCACGCUGUGGAGCAAAGGGUGGCCCAAAAUGCUAUCAAGCGGUGCCAGCGACAACCACUCUACGAUAGUGGAGCACUAUGUGGCGCUGUUCUGGCGGUGGGUGGCCCAGCCUUUGCUCUUUGGCAUUGUGGGGACUGCCAUCAACUUCAGGAAGAUCCAGGCCUCCACCAUCCCCCUCAGCGUGAUUGUCAUCCUCUCAGGCUGGCUGGCGCGCAUGCCGACUUCGUUGCUGAGCGUGAGUUGUGCAGGGCUGACUCUACGAGAGAAGGCCUUUGUCAUGUUUGCAUGGCUGCCCAAAGCCACGGUGCAGGCAGCGCUGGCAUCAGCCCCCCUCGACAGAAUUUUGGAUGAGAACAAGGGGCAGGAGUAUGUCGACUGGGGCGACCAGAUUCUUGUCACAGCGCUGUUCUCCAUUAUCAUAUGCGCUCCCCUGGGCGUCGUCCUUGUAUCCCUUGCUGGGCCACACCUCCUGAAAAAGGACAAAGACACAGUGAAGACUGGUGACAUUGAGGCCUCACGGUUGGGCCCAAAACCGCUGCCCAUCGUUCCAAAGCCAUCAGUGGAAAUUUUUGAACGCACCAACUCGCUGCCAGCCAUUCUGCCCUCGCUUCUGCAUGAUGUGGGCCUGCAUCAUGUGGCCCCACCUGCAGAGCCUGACACGUCUCCAGAUAGAGGGGCUUCAACGCAUGUGGAGCGCAUAGUCACUCCUUUCGCCACAGUGUCAGACGCCGCUGAGGACGACAGAUUCGAACAUGGAUCGCCACAGUAUGCAGCAUCUGCUAACAGUGAGGACGCCCUUGAGGAGGAGCUGCUUGCAGACCUGGACCAUGACAUCCACAGGAACCUGAUGGCGAUAGAGAGGGAGGCGUGGCUGCUGGAAGUGCAGCAGGUGGUGGGCGUGGCAGCUUCCAGGGCAGCUGCCCAGCGGCUGCAUUCGGCGGUACGGGAACUACGGCACCAGAGCGUGAGCGGGAACGCCUCCGCGCUGAUGCGCGUCGACGGCGCGCGCGGCUUCUUCCGGCGCAGCAGCCGGGGUGUAUAGCAUGCAUCGCUUUUAGCUUUCAAAUUUUUAGGGUUUGGGGUUUAUAGUUGUGUAUAUAGGAAUAGGCAUCAGAGAUUUAGCGGCAACGCCUCUGCGCUGAUGCGUUGACGGCGGGCGCAGGAGCAUAAGCAAGGGUGUAUAGCAAUCACCACUGUGUGGACAGGAGGUGUUUAAUCGAGGGGUGUAUACUAGCUGUUUCUAUGCAAGUACAUGCAUCUCCUGCCGGAGGCAAGGUGAGUCCUGCAGGUAACGGCCUUCACAAACCCUGGAGGUGACGAAUUGGUGGGUGUGCAUACGUGUGCUAGCAAAUGCAAUUGAGUGCUUUCUUACAAUUUGCAGUUGGGUUUUGGGCGUCAGCAAACAAUCGCACUGAAGUAGCCACGAUCGUGAGUAGCCAGGUUUAAACUUGUUAAACAAGUUUGUCAGUG